AAAGGCGGCGGGUGGAUCUUGACGUCCUUGCCUUCCACCUGGUGCGAUGUUAGUAGCUCGAAAGUCAAUGCUCAGACGUGGUCGAGCUCACCAUGCAGUAGAAGCUAGGGCCAUUGUCCUCGCGAUUUAUGUCCAUAGUGCAGCCCACUUCGUGCUGUCUGUGCUGCGAGCGGAAGUUCUGCUGUGUCGGCGACAAAAUGGACAACCGAGGCGAUUCACGAGUGACGAUGUCAUACGACAAAGGAGUCACUUGAUGGCCGCAGAUAGCCUCCGACAGCUCCGGACGCGGCUGUAUUAUGACCAAAAUAUAAGGCAGUUUCUUCUUAAAUGCCUUUCCGAUCCUUUUGAAGAAUGCGAACGCCAUUGUCGACGUGUCGAUGGGGAGUAGCGACAAGCAGAAGACAAACACGAAGGAGUCACAAGGGGACAGUCACGGUGUUAAGAACGCGUAGAGAGACGUGGCAAUGCGCAGCGCCUAUGUAGACGCUCGCAUGUUUCCGGUCCAAGCCCUCUCGCGGAGUUGUAUUCGCGGCAUCCUCGUGUAUCUUUGGCCAACGCCACAGUGGAUCUGUGGUAAUUCCUCAUCAGAUUUGAUUAUUCAUGCGGCCGGUGAGUUGCAUGCAUUCAUUUCUUUGCAUCUUGUUGUUAUGAAAUGGCUUAUUGUG